UCAUUUCAUUCACACUAUUUGUUUCUGAAUGAUUUUCUUUCAAUACACUGAACAGUGAUUGUGUAUGUGUGGUUGUCAGUAACACAUGUGCACCAGGGACCUACAAAUGAAUGUCAUAAUUUUCACCUCACUGCAGCAUUGCGAAUCUACUUAAAUACCAAGGCAGUCGCAAAAGUAAACUUCCCAUUCGCAAAGUUAAAAACUUUAUAUUAUCAAUUAAUGUCGUUUCAUGCAUGAUUUGCAACACCUGCAUGUGAACAAGAACCGUACUUUGCUCGAGUAUCAGUUUAACUGAUUCAGCACUACGCUCUAUGGGUACAAGUGUGAUUACGUAUAAUUUUAAAAUAGAGAAAUAAAUUUAAACCGAGUGAUGAAUCCCCGGAUAAUAGUGAUAGGAGCUGGCGCAGCAGGGAUAGCUGCUGCAACUCGAUUGAUUGAGAAAGGAUACCGAAAUUUGACUAUUCUGGAAGCGGAAGACCGCAUUGGUGGACGCAUUCAUACGAUUCCUUUCGCCUCGAAUGUGGUCGAUUUGGGUGCUCAAUGGUGUCACGGAGAGGUGAACAAUGUGUGCUAUGAGCUGGGCUCAAAGUUGAAUGUUUUUGGUUCGAACAAUUUUAAGUAUGAGGACUUUGACCUGGUUAUGUCAAAUGGAGAAAAGAUUCCUCAGGAGAAGAGUCAAAAGUUAAUGAGUGCAAUAUGGUCCAUUUUGGAGUACCAUCGUAACGAGUUGAGUCGUUACCGUGGUUCACUAGGUUCGUUCGUUUUGGAGAAGUUUCGGGCGAUCCUGGGCACGCCGGAUUACGCAGAUGUAGACCACGAGACUGCUUUUCAGUUUUUGGAAUUCUUCCACAAGUUUGAAAACUCUAUAGAGGCAUCGGAUAGUUGGUUCGAUACAUCAGGGCCGGGCUACUUACACUACUGGGAAUGUGAUGGAGAUCACCUGUUGAAUUGGAAAGACAGAGGAUACAAAACAGUGCUGGAUAUACUUAUGAAACGCUUUCCUUCGCCGAAUUCUGCAGACGCCAUCAACAUUGAAGAUUACACCCAUUUUAACAAAACCGUAGAGAACAUUUGCUGGAACUCCGGCCCGGACAACAUAGCUUCCGUGCGAUGUGCUGACAACAGCGUUUAUGAUGCCGAUCAUGUAAUUUGUACAAUGUCGUUGGGCGUCCUGAAAGAACGCUACCAAAGCCUUUUCUCGCCGGAACUGCCCGCAAUGAAGAAGAACGCCAUAAAAGGUCUGUCAAUCGGUACCGUAGAUAAACUGUAUCUGGAGUUUGACAAACCAUUCUGGUCUGACGGUUGGCAUGGGCUAAGUCUUCUUUGGAACCAAGACGAUCUGGAGGAAAUUCGCGCGUCGCCAAAUAGUUGGAUGGAAGAUAUCUUCGGAUUCUACGUGGUUGACUUCCAGCCCAAUAUCCUUUGCGGUUGGAUAUCUGGUGCAAAUGCUCGCCGCAUGGAACGUACACGCGACGAGGAAGUUCGCAAGGCAUGCAUGUUUCUGUUGAGAAAGUUCUUGAGAGGCGUUGAUGUCCCAGAACCGGUAGCGUUUAAACGUACCCAGUGGUAUUCGAACCCGAACUUUAGGGGUUCGUACAGCUUCCGCUCGAUGACGACGGACCUGCUGAACACGUCGGCGGAACAUUUGGCUCUUCCGUUGUCCAGUGCGAUCGGGAUUCCCGUGGUGCAAUUCGCUGGCGAAGCUACGCAUGAUCAUUACUAUUCAACGGUGCAUGGCGCCAUCGAAAGCGGAUGGCGUGAGGCAGACAGGCUAGUUGGAUUGUACCAAAGCCCUUUGCAGCGCCAAGUGGACGCAGAUGUGGAUGUCCUGAUACUGGGCGCGGGAAUAGCCGGACUUGGUGCUGCGAAAGCUCUGAUCGGUUCUGGCAAGAGCUUUCUACUAUUGGAAGCACAGCCGGAAGCAGGCGGAAGGAUAAAAACCAUAGCGAUGCAGAAUUUCGGAGAUCGAGACCGACAAUGUAAGGCCAUGGUUGAUGCUGGAGCGCAAUGGCUGCAUGGUAAGCAAAACGAGCUGUAUCAGAUUGCGGAGGAGCAUGAUUUGCUACACGAAGAGCUUUCCGAGGAAGGCUUGGGAGAAUACGUUAGAGAUGAUGGACUAAAACUGGACAGCUUUUUCGUGAAAAAGGUGGAUUUUCUGAUUGGACAAAUUCUGGAGGAUUGUGAGGAAUUUGCUCAACGAGAAAGUGAGAACUUUCCUGCUUCAGUGGAGUUGUUUCUUAGAGAAGAGUUCAGCAAAAGAUUGGAUCCGAGCUUGUCCGCCGAGAAAAAAGAAUUGGCAUAUCAGUUGUUGGAGUGGCACAUACGAUUCCAAGUGAUAGAUAACUCUUGUCUAACCAUGUCGGAUGUAUCCGCGAAAUUAUGGGGAAGUUAUUCCUUCAAUGGAGAAAGCUGUCAAGCGCAUAUCAAUAUGAAGUAUGGAUUCCAAGCUUUAGUAAACUGCCUGAUCGACAAAAUAGGGUCGGAUAAAAUAAUAUACAAAAAGGAAGUCACCGAAAUACGAUGGAAAGAUCAAGACUCCCGCGUCCUGGUGAGGUGUACCGAUGAAACCAGCUACAGUUGCCAGCAUCUCAUAGUAACCUUCUCCCUGGGAGUGCUGAAGGCAACAAUGAAUCGCCUUUUCCAGCCCGCUCUUCCCAAGUCCUACCGGAGAUCGAUCCGGAACAUAGGAUUCGGUACAAUCAACAAAAUAUUCCUCCAGUUUGAAAGCGCAUGGUGGGAAGACGCGGAAGGCUUCCAACUAAUCUGGAGAGACAAUCUUGAGAAAGGAGCCCACUGGACGAGAUUUCUUUCCGGUUUUGACAUAGUCAGUCCUGGACCGGCGAAUACUCUGCUGGGAUGGGUCGGCAGCUGGGGAGCUUUGGAAAUGGAAAAAUUGUCUGAUGCUCAAAUUGUAGCGGAUUGCGUUUUCCUGCUGGAGAAAUUUACAAGGAGAAAAGUACCGUACCCGAUUCGUCACUAUUGCACCCGUUGGAAUUCGAAUCCGUUCGUUCGGGGAUCGUACAGUUACACUUCCGUGAACUGCGAUUACGAACCCGCAUUUCUGAAAGCCCUACAGGAAACGCUUGUAUGUAGCCGAUAUAACCCAUUAACAGGGGAAACAGACGAGAAUCGAGAUUCAAAGGAUAUAUCCCAAGCUGCUGCAACAUCAUCAUCGUCCCCCACUGUGCAUUUCGCUGGUGAAGCGUGUCACGGGAAGUACUUUUCCACCGUGCACGGUGCAUUUCUGUCCGGAAUGGAACAGGCUGGAAAGCUUGUUUAGGUUGUUUUUUUAUGGAAUGUUUAACAUGAGAUUUUACUUGAAUUUAACUCAUCAAAUAAAAAAAAUCCAAACCCA